AUGCAAGCCAGCUCGCAUCGCAUCAGCUCGAACCAUGCAUCCUCUUCCAGAGCGCGGUCUCGUCCACUCCCACCCCCGCCUUCAAAGCGUCGGCGCGACACAGAUGAUUCCACCACUUCAUCUUCACCUGUCUUCAAAGCCCCUCGAACCACUGAACGCAACGGCGAGAUGGGCCGGACGGUGAACUCUGGUAUCGACUUGACCGACGAAUCACAUGUCGAUUUGACCAGGGAGGCGCCAGUCCCGCAGAUCGACUUGACAGGACACUCAGGCUCAGCUCAUAUGUCACAAGCGCUAGAAUUGCAGCGCAGAGCGGCACAGCAAGCAAAAGAUGCCGCCAUGAAAGCGGACGAGAGACUUCUCAAGAAUCGCAAGAUCCUAACUGAAGAAAAACGAACGACCCUGACCGCCUACAAGUGCCCAGUGUGCAUGGAUACCCCGGAAAACGCGACGAGCACUCUAUGUGGACAUCUCUUCUGCCAUAAAUGCAUACUUGAAUGCAUAAAGAUGAGCCAGCAAGUAAGACUGGAUGGCACGAAACCCAAGCCUGCUUGUCCGGUGUGUCGGAAAUCGCUUAUGACAAGGGGGGAUAAGGAUGGCAAGUCGAGCUUGACUCUGCUGAACCUCAAGUUGCUAUGCACAAGAAAGGAUGGAUCCCCAGCUGUAGCUGCGGAAUAG